GAUCUUGUCCGCAAUAAAAAGGAAGACCACCGAAGCACUCAAAAAUUUUGUGCACGUCGAGGGACAAUCCAUUAUGAAGCAAGUAGCUGCUGUGGGAGCCAAAGAAGCUGGUGUCACCGACGUCCACAACGACAAGUUCAAUGGAGAGCUUGGAGGAGCUUACUUUUCUGUCCUAACUCCCACGGUUAAGGAAGACCACUGGUUUGUGAAGAAGAGUGCUCUCUUGGAGUACAUUAUUGUCCGGACAUAUCCAAGUGACGUCACUAAGAAGGAGACUAUGGAGACGGUCUUUUCUGUGCAGAUGCCGCAAAAGCCUCGCGAUGGGUUUGAAGACGGCGGUGAAGCCGGCAGUUCCAAGUCGACGAGCUCCAAAAAAUAAACUAGCUAUUAAGCAUCUUGAUCCGGUUGUGUUUUGUAAUAACGUUAUUUGACUCUACUCUCUUUGCUUGUUGUGUGACUCAAUGUUUCGUUUUGUUAAGUUAUUGUGAUCAGACUUUGGCUUUUUAAAUUUAAUAUCUAUUAUGUUAUUCUUGUUUGUUUUGUAUUGUUUUUCUAUAACAUGUUUUGUCCAGGAAGUGUGAUCUUGCAUUCAAGAUGAAGUUGAG